CGUCUCUCACGAGCAAAGCAGAGAGAUCAGAGCGCCAGCGAGGAAGCAGACGCAAGCUUCUGAGUUCAGAGUUCUGCAACGUCUGAAAAUGGCAUUUAAGUCGGUAUUCGAUUUUUCCCAAAUUAGAGCUGAAUUUGAACAAGCUGGUAUCAGUACUCGCUUCAUCCCAAUCAUAUGGAAGCACGUGAUUCAGAACCCUAAUUGUCAGUGGGAUGAAAUUCCAUCAUUGCCUUCAGGAGCAUACGUUCUGCUUCGUUCCAAGUUUGUACCAUUAACUUCCACCCUUCACACUGCCGAUGAAUCAAGCGAUGGUGUUACCACCAAGCUCCUCAUCAAACUUCAGAAAGGAGAAUUUACUGAGGCUGUUAUCAUGAGAUAUGACUCACGCUUAGGAAAGUAUAAUGGAGAACCUCGUCAUGGCGGACUAAGAUCAACCCUGUGCAUAUCAUCUCAGGUUGGAUGCAAAAUGGGCUGCAAAUUUUGUGCAACUGGAAGCAUGGGAUUUAAAACUAAUCUUACAUCCGGAGAAAUAGUUGAGCAGUUGGUGCAUGCUUCUCGUUUGUCAUCCAUACGCAAUGUUGUUUUCAUGGGCAUGGGAGAACCAUUAAACAAUUACUCUGCCCUUGUAGAGGCUAUCCAUGUAAUGACGUCGUCUCCAUUUUAUUUAUCGCCAAGGAAAAUUACGGUCUCUACGGUUGGAAUCAUUCAUGCCAUUAACAAGCUCCAUAUGGAUCUCCCAAAUAUAAACCUGGCGGUAUCCCUUCAUGCACCAGUUCAGGACAUCCGUUGUCAGAUAAUGCCUGCUGCUAGAGCCUUUCCUUUGGACAGACUGAUGGAUGCAUUGCAUGCCUAUCAAAAGAAAAGCCAGCAAAAGAUCUUUAUUGAAUACAUUAUGCUCGAUGGAGUGAAUGAUGACGAACAACUUGCCCACCAGCUCGGUAAAUUGCUAGAAGCAUUUCAAGUGGUUGUGAACUUGAUACCAUUUAAUCCAAUCGGUUCCCUGAGUGACUUUAGAACAAGUAAUGAUCAGAAAGUGACCAGAUUUCAAAAAACACUGAGGGAUAUCUACGGAAUUCGGACGACAAUCCGCAAGCAAAUGGGACAAGACAUAAGUGGUGCUUGUGGUCAGUUAGUAGUGAAUUUGCCAAAAAGGCAGUCGUUGGGGACCUGCUCAGAUGUUGUAACUGAUAUUGAAGAUCUUCACAUCUAAAAGAAAAGCGGUUACAGGUUAGCCCCGCUGUUUCCUGAUGUUUGAGGAUUUGAAGAUUUUUGGCUGUUUUGAAUUAUGCUGAUUUGAUGUAUGAUAUGUCUACGUUUCUGCUGCAGUCUUCAAUGCUCUGGUAAAUGGAUAGUUUUUUUCAUUCCCCUUUUGUAGGAAGAGCUCUGAAGUUCCUCUCAUCUUUUGCAAUAGUGGACUGGGAGCAUAGUUGUUGUUGUUCUACACUUAAUUUAAUGUUUCAGUCCCCUUGGUAUUGUAAUAUAUUGUAGGCUGAUAAGGCUGUAUCUAUCUAUUUAUCUAAUUAUAUAUAUUCAUUUAUCUAAUGUAAUGGAAGUGGUAUAAAUAUGUUAUGCAUCCUUUAUUCUCAUGUUCAAAAUUGUUCAAAAUUGACGUCGAAUCUGUUGAUGGAAGCCAUUGAAUGAA